GAAAUUGAUAAGAAAAUGGAGUAUAAAACCACCCUUAACGGCAUUUCAACAACAUUCUUGUGUCAGCACUCGAAGCAAACUAUCAUGUCUCUCAAGGCUAUCCUUAUCCUCUGCGCCCAGGCGCUCCUGCUCAAGUCAGCGGUGGGUCAGUGCACCAGCCGCGCUGCAGUCGCUGACGCUUCUGCACUUGCUGCCCCUUGCAGCCUGGCCGCUCCUGCUUGGGCUUACGAUGGACUCGCCUACCCUGGUGCUGGCUUGGCAGGCACAGGUCUGGCUUACAACGGACUAAACGCUGGCCUUGCAGGCAGAGGCCUGGCUUACGAUGCAAUCUACGCCCCCGCCAUGGAGUUCAGCCCCACCAGUGGCGGCGCUCUGCCUGUCUCCAGCGCCUCCGCCAUCGCUCCCGUCGGUAUCUCCGUAGUAUCCGACAACGUGUAUGAGGGUGUUCUGUCCGCGGCUGGUGAGCUGCCGUUCGUGGGUACUGUGGCUAUGGAAGGUGUGGUGCCUUCUGCCGGUGCUGGCGCCGUCAACCACGCCUGCGGUAAUGGCAGAAACGCCAUGAUCAGCGAGACUACUGGUUUCGGUGCUGCUGGUGCUUAUGGUGCUGGCUUGGGAGCCAUCAGCCCUGCUGCUGGUUUUGGAGCUGCUGCCUAUGCUUACGAUGGACUCGCCUACCCUGGUGCUGGCUUGGCAGGCACAAGUCUGGCUUACAACGGACUGAACGCUGGCCUUGCAGGCAGAGGCCUGGCUUACGAUGCAAUCUACGCCCCCGCCAUGGAGUUCAGCCCCACCAGUGGCGGCGCUCUGCCUGUCUCCAGCGCCUCCGCCAUCGCUCCCGUCGGUAUCUCCGUAGUGUCCGACAACAUGUAUGAGGGUGUUCUGUCCGCGGCUGGUGAGCUGCCGUUCGUGGGUACUGUGGCUAUGGAAGGUGCGGUGCCUUCUGCCGGUGCUGGCGCCGUCAACCACGCCUGCGGUAAUGGCAGAAACGCCAUGAUCAGCGAGACUACUGGUUUCGGUGCUGCUGGUGCUUAUGGUGCUGGCUUGGGAGCCAUCAGCCCUGCUGCUGGUUUUGGAGCUGCUGCCUAUGGAGCUGGAAUUGGUUCAGGUCUCGGUCUCCGCAGUGGUAUUGCUGGCAGAGGCUGUGGCUGCUGGAACUAAAAAGUGAUAUGGAACACAAAACUAACGUUCUUAUUCCGUCGAUGAAAUAAAACGAUACAA